UGAAUCUUUCAAAUUCAAACACGCUAUCUUUCAUUCAGAAAAUUCCGGUUCGAUCGUUCAUCGAUUUGUAAGUAAGAGCUCUUUUUCAUUUUCAAUUUAGCUGGGACUGUAAUCUAUAACCUGUAAAUUCGUGUAAAAAUAGGUUUGAUACUCUGUUCUUCCGAUUUUUAAGAACUAACAGAGUCGCAUAUAGCACUCUAAACCCUAGAUUUCCCUCCAUUUUUAGCUGCUUAUUAUUAGUUAAAUCUACGGAAGUUUUUUGUUUAUAAGUUUUUUAGAAGCCUGAAACAUGCAUACUUGUAGCUGUUUGGGAAUUUCUACCAUGAAACCUUGUAGGAUUCUUAUUAGCUUCAAAUCCUCUUCGAUGUUUGGAGCUUCGCCGCCCAGGCCGAAGUAUAGGAGAAUUGAUAAAAUUUCGAAGUUACGGCCGAAUUGUUCUAGAAUUAUAGGGUCUGUACAGGUUAAUGAUAAUUCGAGUAGGAGAGGUUUUGGUUUUUCCAAUGGUUAUCGGUUGAGUAGAGGUAGUGGUGGUAAAAAUAGGCAUUUGAUUGCAAAUGUGGCGUCGGAUUUUAGAAAUCAGUCUACGUCGGCUGAAGCUCAUGUCAAUCAGAAGAGCUUUGAGACAAUAUAUAUUCAAGGAGGGUUUACAGUGAAGCCACUGGUGAUUGAGAGUAUUGAGACGAAUCGUGGUUUAGAGAAAGAAGAAAAAUCGGCAUCGGAGGCUGAGGGGUUGGGUAGUUUAAAGGAUUUUAAUUAUGCUAGGGUUGAGAGAGAGGCGUCUGAGAUUGAAAAGGAGGCAUGGAGCUUGCUUCGAGACUCUGUUGUGAACUAUUGUGGACAUCCUGUUGGAACUGUUGCUGCUAAUGAUCCUGCUGAUACUCAGCCACUGAAUUACGACCAGGUCUUUGUUCGUGAUUUUGUCCCGUCGGCCUUGGCCUUCUUGUUGAAUGGAGAAGACGAAAUUGUCAAGAAUUUUCUCCUGCACACCUUGCAAUUACAGAGUUGGGAGAAGACUGUUGACUGUUACAGCCCCGGGCAAGGGCUGAUGCCAGCAAGUUUCAAAGUUAGAAGCCAACCUCUUGAUGGAAGUGAUGGAGCUUUCGAGGAAGUUCUUGAUCCCGAUUUUGGUGAAUCUGCCAUUGGUCGUGUUGCACCGGUUGAUUCUGGGCUGUGGUGGAUUAUUUUGUUAAGAGCUUAUGGAAAGAUCACAGGAGACUACACAUUGCAGGAACGGGUCGAUGUACAGACAGGCAUAAGACUGAUCCUUAAUCUGUGCUUGACAAAUGGGUUUGACAUGUUUCCUACUCUGUUAGUUAGUGACGGUUCCUGCAUGAUCGAUAGACGAAUGGGCAUUCAUGGACACCCACUGGAAAUUCAAGCAUUAUUCUACUCAGCCCUACGCUGCUCCAGAGAGAUGUUGAUUGUCAACGACGCAACCAAGAAUUUGGUGGCUGCCCUGAACAGUAGACUAAGUUCACUCUCCUUCCAUAUCCGGGAAUACUACUGGAUCGAUAUGAACAAAAUCAACGAAAUUUAUCGUUACAAAACGGAGGAGUAUUCUUCUGAAGCUGUCAAUAAGUUCAAUAUAUAUCCUGAACAAAUUCCUAGUUGGCUGGUGGAUUGGAUUCCUGAGGAAGGUGGCUACCUUAUUGGCAAUCUACAGCCUGCCCACAUGGACUUCAGGUUUUUCACGCUCGGAAAUCUUUGGUCCAUCGUGUCAUCUCUCGGGACCCCGAAACAGAACAAGGGCAUUCUGAACUUGAUUGAAGCCAAAUGGGAUGACCUUGUGGCUAACAUGCCUCUUAAGAUAUGCUUCCCGGCUAUGGAGUACGAGGAAUGGCGCAUCGUAACCGGCAGUGACCCUAAGAACACUCCUUGGUCAUAUCAUAAUGGGGGAUCUUGGCCAACACUGUUAUGGCAGUUCACACUGGCCUGUAUGAAGAUGGGGAGGCCAGAGCUAGCAAGGAAUGCCAUUGCAGUGGCUGAGAAGAAGCUUUCGGCCGAUCGUUGGCCCGAGUACUAUGAUAUGCGCAGUGCGAGAUUAAUAGGGAAGCAAUCACGGCUCUUCCAAACCUGGACGAUCGCUGGUUUCUUGACAUCAAAGUUGCUUCUCGAGAACCCAGAAAAGGCGUCUCUGUUGUAUUGGGAGGAGGAUUACGAGCUCCUUCAGAGCUGCGUCUGUGCGCUCGGCAAAGCCAACGGGAACAGGUGCUCUCGCCAGCGCCACCCUGCAAGACCAGACGAUCACGACCAUUGAUUUAACAAGCAUUUCUUGCUCUAACAUAUUGAUUUUUUUUGGAGGAACUUCUUUUUUUUCCUCCUCUGAUUCUAUGUGUGUGUAUAGAAAAGCAUGCAAUUUGGUAGGCUCAAGGUUUUUGAGGAGCCUCUAAAAAAUAUUCAUUCAGAAUUGGGAAUUAAAUGUAUGAUACUUGAAUUGAAUUACUUCAUUUAUAUGUAAUACUUUUACUUUACA